AUGAAUGGACGAAUUAUUGUGACCGAUGAGUUUGUUCGGGGAUUCACGUCGCCAGUGCCAGAUAGGCAAAACAAUGUACAAGUUUACGGAACUCGAUACGAAAAUGGUGUUGUUGUUGCCUCAUUCUCUCGAAAAGUUUUUGCCACAGAGCAGCUAGACGCGAGCUUAGUUGGAUGUGCUCCGUGGAAGUUCUCCAUUGGUCUCAAUCGCUUGAGCCCUCAAGGCCAUCUCUUCCACCAUUCUCAAACUCCAGUUCACCGUCAAGUUUGCAUCAACCAAUGUAUUGUAUGA